AUGGAUAUAUUAUCAAUGGAUUUAAAUUUCACAUUGUCGCCUAUGGUAAAAAUAAGAGAACAAUGAAUUAUGGUGUUUGUGUUGUGGGAUCCAUUGGAAUUGAAUUAGACUAUGAUUUCUAUGGGGCGCUUCAAGAAGUCAUUCAGAUUGAGUACUUUGGAUCAAUCCAUCGACAAGCAAUUAUUUUAUUCAAACAUGAUUGGUAUGAGAUUCCUUUAGCUCAAGGGGUUAGGGUCAAUAAAAAACAUCAACUAGUUGACAUUAAUCCAAGAAGAUACCUUCGAUCCUAUGAGCUAUUUAUUCUAGCUAGUCAAGCCAGGCAGGUGUAUCACACUCCAUGUCCAUCUAUUAAUCAUCAAAAAAAGGGUUGGGUUGCUGCCCUUAAAAUUAGGGCCAAAAGCAUAAUUGAGGCUCUAGAGAAUGAGGUUAGCCACCAAGAAGGAUUAGCACCAUAUUAUCAGGAUGAUGACCCUCCUAUUCCCCACCCAAUAAAUAUUUGUGGGAUAAGUUAUGAACUUGUGCAACAUUAUGAUGGAACACUUAUUGAAGUACAUGAAGAAGUUGAUGGUGGGGAAGACAUUGGAGAAGAGGAUGAUGAAGGGGAGUGGGAAGACUUUGAAACAUUUGAUGAAGAAAACAUGGAGGCUUAUAUUUCUAAAAAUGAUAGUAGUGAUGAGUAAGUAAAAUUGUUGUCAAAACUAGUUGUUAUUACAUUAAGUUUAUAUUUGUUUAUUUGUACUUCAAAAACUAUAUUAUUUAUAUUAUUUUUUAAGUGUAAUUUGUUAAUAUUUGGUUGUUUGUAUUGCAAUCAUGAUGUUUAUUUUAUUUUGCAUGUUUUGUAUUGUUAUAAUUAUAUUUAUUUUAGUUUGCAUAUUAAUCUUAAUCAAUUAAAUGCUCUAAU